UGCUGGAGUCCCACUGUCAGUUUGUUCUACUAUUUCAAUAUCUCUCAGGCGCCUGCACAUAGUCAGUGUGUGUUUUAGCUAGAAAAAGGCUUUAAAUGAGGAUUAACGAACUAGCUAGUCGGAUAUAUUAAUUAGUUAGUGUUUAUAAGACGAAAUUGCACCUUUAUUUGAUGAGCUUUAUUAUAACAGAAAGAAAAUAAUAGAAGAAAGAGAGGCCAGGUUAGAUGACAGUCCCUCAGAUAUCAUAUAAAUUCUCUGUUAGUGACAGAUAAAGCAGGGUUUGACAAAGCUAAAGACUAAGAUAAAGGGGCAAAUCGAUACUUGUAUGAUUUUAUUUACUAGAUUCAAAGCUUUAUUUUCUCAGGAUUGGCCAUCACGGACGGGAUGAGAUGAGAUCAUAACCGCUAUAUCUGGCAGUUUAUUUAGCAUUUACAUGUAUCCACUAAAUAAGCCAGAGAAUGUGUUCUCAGCUCCUCGUGUUUAUUAUUUUUUAAAUCUAGUGAUAUUUUGAAAGCAGGUUUGUGAGAUCUGUUUGUGUGGUUAGCAUUUGCUUUAGCAUCCACACCAGACGAGUAAAAGGGAUUUAGCAGAUAAAACAGGACCUAAAAUAGAAAUUGAAAUCUUAACAUUAUUACCAGGCAUUUAUUUACUGUUUUAAAGUGCAGAGAGUUUGUGGAUAGUGUAGUUAAAACAUAUCAAAUGUGUUGUGUUGAUCACAUCUGAAGACAUUAGCCGGCGAGCUAACACGAAGGACAUCAGGAGGAUUUUACACCAAAACAUUUACUUAUUUAUGUACUCAUUGAUUAAUAACGAAAAACAUCAAAUCGUCGUGGGAGAAGGAAGAGGCAUCUAAAUAAGAAAGCUUUCCUUGCGGAGGAAUUGACAUCAGUUUUGCAGUCUUUCAAGGACAUUUCGGUGUGAGACGGAGGCAGCAUUAAGAAACCUUCCCAGCGCUCCCGGCGCUCUUGAUCCAUCCCAGCACUCAGCGUGCUGGCUCCUCCCCCUCCCGGCGGCGGCAGCGUGCGCUCUCAGCCGCCCCCGUGCACCCCGCGCUCGCCAGGCCUGCGCGCCCGAGCCCAUGCCCCCAGCUCCACGCGGCCCUCUAACGCCAUGUGUGUCCCGCACACUAUGGAGGCGGGCAAGCACAGCGCCAGCCAGGGGCAGGGCAGCCGCAGCGGGGUUCCCCUGGAGCCGUUCAUUCACCAGGUGGGCGGCCACACCAGCAUGAUGCGUUACGACGACCACACCGUCUGCAAGCCGCUCAUCUCCCGCGAGCAGCGGUUCUACGAGUCCCUGCCGCCAGAGAUGAAGGAAUUCACCCCUGAGUACAAAGGUGUGGUGCUGGUGUGUUUUGAGGGUGACUCUGAUGGCUACAUCAAUCUGGUUGCGUAUCCAUAUGAAGAGAGCGAGGGACUGGACCAUGAAGAGCUGCCCGAAAGAGACCAGCCUCGCCGAAAACACUCUCGCCGUAGCCUCCACCGCUCUAGCAGCGAGCACAAAGAGGACCGACCUGCUCACGACGGUGACGGCAAUGACAAUCUGCAGGAGUUAAAGAGCCCUCGUCUGGACCUACAGAUGCAUUCAGAUGUGCCCUUCCAGAUGCUGGACAGCAACAGCGGCCUGAGCUCAGAGAAGAUCAGCCACAACCCCUGGAGUCUGCGCUGCCACAAACAACAGCUCAGCCGCAUGCGCUCUGAGUCCAAAGACAGGAAACUCUACAAAUUCCUCCUGUUGGAGAAUGUGGUCCAUCAUUUCGUCUACCCCUGCAUUCUGGACUUGAAGAUGGGCACCCGGCAACACGGCGAUGACGCGUCAGAGGAGAAAGCCGCCCGCCAGAUGAAGAAGUGCGAGCAGAGCACGUCUGCCACAUUAGGAGUGCGUGUGUGCGGCAUGCAGGUCUACCAGAUGGACACCGGUCAUUAUCUAUGCAGGAACAAGUACUAUGGCCGUAGUCUUUCAAUUGAGGGAUUUCGACAUGCACUCUUUCAGUUCAUGCACAAUGGGACGCAGCUGCGCAAAGACCUUUUUGAGCCAAUCCUGAGCAAACUAUGCAGCCUGAAGGCUGUCCUGGAGCGCCAGGCCUCGUACCGCUUCUACUCCAGCUCGCUGCUCAUCAUAUACGAGGGCAAAGACCCCGAGUCUAUGGACGGCUGGCAGAAAGCCUCAGAACCGCCAUCAGAAAAGGAAAAUCAGGCCACACCGCUUGGGUCUGUGGACAGUCCGCCAGCCUCGGAGCCCCAUACGCCUCCUCAGAUGCUGAGCGUGGACGUCCGGAUGAUAGACUUCGCCCACAGCACCUUUAAAGGUUUCCGGGAUGACCAAACGGUCCACGACGGACCUGACCGUGGCUAUGUGUUCGGACUAGAGAGCCUCAUCAACAUUUUGCAGGAAAUCCGCGACGACAACCAGUAGCCGAGCCCAUCGCUCCUUCGGUUGCCGCCCGGCAACUUUUCAUAGACAUUUUCAUAGAAAAACAAAGAUUGCACAUUGACAAACCUAAAGGUGUGUUUUCUGUGUCUCAGUAUUUGAACCAUGAGGGAUUUGUGUACACAAGAAAUGGAGGUGACCUCUACCUAUGAAGGUUCUUGUCUCUGCUGUCAGCAAAGAAAUGGCUACUAGCCUCCCCUCAACAGAAGAUGGUUUCAGUUUGUUUGUCGCAUGGAUUCAUCGCCACCAUGUGGCCAGCUGAAGUACUGCAGGAAUGAACCACGAACUCAGGCUGUGUCCGCUGUCAGGGUCUCUCUUAGAGUGUGGGAUUGCUAAAGAGAGAGAAAAUGUGCGUAUGUUCGUGUGUGUGUUUGUUUGUGUGAAUCUGUGUGAGAAGAAAAGUCCAGGUCACAUUUCACCCCAAAAACAAAAAAGAAAAAUCUUAUAUUGCAUAAACAAAGCCUGUUUUAAAAGCGUUAAGAUUUUUGUGACAUUAUUUUCAUGGCAAAAAUAGCCUGAAAAUCUCCCCAAAUUCUUCUUAUUAUAAUGCAAAACAUUUAAUCCAGACACACAUUGGUUUAAAAUCAAAUAAAUAAACGGAAUUGUUUUUUGCUAUUUAAGUACUGUAUCAUUAUUCGUUCACAUCAUACUAAUGUAUACUAAUGAGAGUAAUAGGGAAGAUAUGCUAUAAAAAAGGGAAUAAAAAAUAAUGUCACCAUGCAAACAAAAUCUUAAUGGGUUUAAAAAUAUUUUCAUGCAAUGUUGUUUUUUCUUGUAUUUAUUUUUUUUUUUAGGCGAGGGAGUGUGAAAUAUGAGAUGUUCUUGUUCUCUCUAUAAACACUCAGUGUUUCUCCAGGAGUUUAAAAGGGAGCAAAUUUAGCUCACAGUAGUUGGUCGAAGCUUUACUGUAGGAGUUGGGGGCAUUUAAAAGGAGGUUUUAAACCACUCAUCUCUGAUGACAAGAUGAUGAAUCUGGCCUUAUGGCAGUAGUUGAAUUCACAGCUUAGCUAUCCAAGCCUAUUUAACCAGUCAGACGAUGCUUUUUUUAUUUUAUUAUUAUUAUAUUUUGGGCUUUUUGGUAGCUGUCUUACUCUGUACAUUUAAAGCAAUCAUUACAUUUUAGUGUUUUUACAUUUUUGUUGAUCCCCCCCUCUGUGAUUUAGCAGUCGUAGGGGUAUCGGUGGGAUAGUGUAUUUGUAGUCUUGAAUUUAGAUUACCCUUGUGUUACAAAGUCUUUCCUGAUGUCAGUAACGUGGUUAUCAUUGCAGAGAAAAGCCUCACUGUAAAAAAAAAAUAAAUAAAAUAAAUAAUUUUCUUAAUCUGUCAAAAUAUUUAAACAUCCUUAAGACAAAAAAGAAUCAAAAUUGUGUAAGGUAUUAACACUUGUGUAUGCAUUUAAUGAAGACAAGUUUUAAUAUUUUAAACAAUUUCACUUCUCAGAUUUUUUUGUUUUAGGCAUAUUUAGAUAUUUUUUUUACCUACCGAUUAAGAAACUUAUUUUAGUUAGUGCUCACUAACAUCUGCACUGUAAAUUAUUAUAAACACAUUACAAGAGCAUGAUUUUUAUUUUUGUUAUUGCGUUUAUAUUUAGUUAUUUCAAAGGGUUGUCUUUUAAUUACACCAAUACACUCUCAGAAAAAAAAGGCACAGACACUGUCACAGGGACGGUACCUUUUCAAAAGGUACACCUUUGUACCUUACAUAUAAAAGGUGCAUUUUAGUGCCUAAAGUGAGCUAAUUAGUAUCUAAAUGGUAUAUAUUAGUGUCUUUUGAAAGGCUACCGCACUUUUUAUCUGAGAGUGUCCGCAGUGACAUUCUGCCCACCAUCAGCAAAUGUAGCAAGAUUCGUUUUUAGGUUCGUUCUCAUGAGUCUCGUCAGCAGUCGAGUCGAGAACGUCUCCUCAUCAUGACACGUUUCGCAUGUUUUCUGUCUAGGUGAAGCAUUUAUUGCACUAUGGUGUCAUCGUUUUACUGAAAAAUGGACACUUUCCUUCAUUCUCUGGGAAACAGACGUCGUAUCUGCCCGUAGUAGCAGUUGAGCAAAUAUAUUAACUUCGUUAACGUUCAUUCGUCUUGUCCUACAUUUAUUGACUUUGAUCACGUGUAUAAAUAAUAAAUCAACAUUAUAAAACAUGGCAUCUAUGCGAAGUCGUGCCGUAGGGAUAUGUCUGUAUUUAGACGUGUGAUUUUGGUCAAUAGCCAUAACUGGGAUACCCAGGAGUGUUUGUUUAACGUCAUCAGAUCUGUAACCGCUGAAGGGAAAUGUUUGAAGAACAAAUGCCACGUGUGAUGUGUUCUGUCACAAUAAAUGAGCAGUGUACUCAAGUUACAUUUAAGAGCAGAAAGAAUGCGUAAUUCCUAACAAGUUGGCAUCAUCGAUUCAAGCAUAGCUGGUUUGUGUAACUAAACCUUUCAUUUGUGUCGACGCAUGGGAGAGGAACGCAGGCGCGUAGAUUUGGCAUAAAAAGGAAAAGAUUAACCCUCAUCCUGAAAAUGAUCCUUUUAUCUUUAUUGUUGUUGCAUGGAUGGGUAUUUUUUUAAGAAAAAAUAAUAUGACAACUUUGAAUGUGAGCUAUAAAUUGUUUAUUUA